UUGCUGUACGGGACCAUUAAACGACUGACCGAGUUUUACACUUCUCUUUUGACCAGCUAAUCGCCAGUAUCACGUUGGACUUGUCUGAGCAAAAUGGCAGUUUUCCAUGUACUUUUGAGCUGGACCGCUCAAGCGCUGAUGUUUCUGUUCUUUCUGAUUUUCAUCGCGUUUCUUGGUUACAGCUUGUAUAUUAAACACAUUCAUAUGAAAUAUGACCACAUACCUGGGCCACCGAGAGAAACUUUUUUCUUCGGACAUUCAAGGACGAUUUUGAGGUUAAUGAAAAACGACGAAAUUAUACACGAUAAGUUUCUGGAAUGGACCGAGACCCAUGGGCCUGUUUACAGGUUAAAUUUUCUGCAUUACGUUACACUCGGUGUCUCCUGUCCAGAGGCGACCAAGGAAAUCUUGAUGUCCCCAAAGUACUCCAAAGAUAAAUUAGUAUACAAGAAACUCUUCAACCUGUUCGGUCAAAGGUUCCUCGGUAACGGCCUGAUAACAGCACAGGACCACGAGCAGUGGUACAAACAGCGCCGCAUCAUGGACCCUGCUUUCAGCAGCUUGUAUUUGAGAGGUCUAAUGGGCACCUUCAAUGAGAGGGCAGAGAAACUGAUGGACAAACUUUCGGAUUUUGCUGAUAGCAAAACAGAGGUCAACAUGCUCCAUCUUGUGAACUGUGUUACCCUAGAUGUUAUUGCCAAGGUUGCUUUUGGUGUGGAGUUAGACCUGCUGAAGAAUAGUUCACCUUUCCCUAAAGCCAUCGAGACAUGUCUAAAAGGAAUGGUGCAUUAUGUCCGAGACUUGUUUUUUCAGUUCAAGCCAAAGAACAAACCGUUCAUUAAUGAAGUGAGGGAAGCUUGCCGCCUGCUGCGCACAACUGGAGCACAGUGGAUCCAUGAAAGAAAGACUGCCAUGCAGAACGGCGAUGACGUCCCCAAGGACAUCCUCACGCAGAUCAUCAAAACUGCUGGCAAAGAGGAAAGCAUGACUAAAGAGGAUGAGGAGUUUAUGUUGGACAAUUUUGUGACAUUCUUCAUCGCGGGGCAAGAAACAACAGCUAAUCAACUUGCGUUUUGCAUCAUGGAACUAGCAAGACAUCCUGAUAUACUAGAAAAGGUGAAUAAAGAGGUGGAUGAUGUCCUUGGGAUGAAACAGGACAUAAGCUAUGAUAACCUGGGGGAACUGACCUACCUCUCACAGGUGCUAAAAGAGACACUGAGGAUUUACCCGACAGCUCCAGGCACAUCUCGUGAGGUACCUGAAGACAUGGUCAUUGCUGGUAUCCACAUACCUGGAGGAGUCACCUGUUUUUUCAGCUCCUAUGUGACUGGGAGACUGGACAGAUUCUUCAGGGACCCGCUGACAUUUGAUCCAGACAGAUUUCACCCAGAUGUUACCAAGCCUUAUUACUGCUACUACCCCUUUGCCCUUGGUCCACGCUCAUGCCUGGGACAGAACUUUGCUCAGAUGGAGGCUAAAGUGGUGAUGGCCAAGCUGCUCCAGAGGUUUGAUUUCACACUUGUCCCUGGACAGACCUUUGACAUCCUGGACACUGGCUCACUCAGGCCGAAGAGUGGAGUGGUGUGCUCCGUCAGACAUAGGAAUUACAAGAAAUAGAGGGCCACACUGUAUUACAACAUGACACAACUGGCCCAGACUAGCUUUCUGAAUAACAGCCAGAAACCUCUAAUGCUGCCAGGUUGUUUUAUUACUUUUUCAGUUAAUGUUUUUAAUCAUUUGCAAAGAAAAUACUGCAAUGUUUUAAUUGAAUACAAUUCAUAUUCAUAUGAAUGCUUGUAAUGAUUGUGAUUGUUGUUGUUUCCAAACAGUAAUGGGGAUGUGGGAAAACAAAUUAGCCACUUUUUGAGUAGAUUAGCACUUUAAUCUGCUGGAACUGACAUUUUAGUUCUGUAAUUUCUCUUCCUCUUUUAACUCUGAUCUAAAAU